AUGUCGGACAACACUCAGCAACAACCCAGCCUCAUCGGUGGACACGCACAAUACGUCAAGGGUGCAGCAGAGCAAAGCGGCGAGACCGACAAGCAAGGAGGCAUCGACGCCAUGAAGGCCGCAUCCCAGAACCGCGACCCCGCCACAGACGGCUACGGCAAGGUCGAAGAGGUGGCUGGCAAGCUCUCUGGUUGUGAGGGCAUGGAGAAGGAGGGCGCCAUUUCGGCCAAGAAGGAGUAA